AGGAAGAUCUGGAGCAUGGCCAAAGAAGAUCUACAUGUUUUCAGUGCUUUAGAUACAGCUAAGACACAAUGGUAUCAAAUCACAGCAAUAGUUGUUGCAGGAAUGGGUUUCUUCACUGAUGCUUAUGAUCUCUUCUGCAUUUCUUUAGUUACAAAACUUCUUGGUCGUAUUUACUAUCAUGUAGAUGGUUCUCCAAAACCAGGAACACUUCCUCCAAAUGUUUCAGCAGCAGUUAAUGGUGUUGCUUUAUGUGGUACUUUAGUUGGACAACUUUUCUUUGGUUGGCUUGGUGACAAAUUAGGUCGAAAAAGUGUUUAUGGUGUAACACUUUUACUCAUGAUUUUAUGUUCAAUUGCUUCUGGUCUUUCUUUUGGUAGUAAACCUUCAACUGUGAUGGCAACUUUAUGUUUCUUUAGAUUUUGGCUUGGAGUUGGUAUUGGUGGUGAUUAUCCACUUUCUGCAACUAUAAUGUCUGAGUAUUCAAAUAAGAAAACUCGUGGAGCUUUUAUUGCUGCUGUGUUUGCAAUGCAAGGUUUUGGUAUUAUUGCUGGUGGAACAAUGGCAAUUCUUGUUUCAUCUAUUUUUAAUCAUUAUUACCCUGCACCACCUUACUCUAAAGAUCCAAUUGGUUCUACUGUUCCUCAAGCUGAUUAUGUUUGGAGAAUAAUUCUAAUGUUUGGAGCUGUUCCUGCUGCUUUAACAUUUUAUUCUCGAGUGAAGAUGCCUGAGACACCUAGGUAUACUGCUCUAGUUGCUAAAAAUGCUGCAAAGGUUGCUAAAGAUAUGUCAAAGGUACUUGAAGUUGAAGUUGAAGUUGAUCAAAAUGAGAUAGAAGCUGAGAAAGCAGAGACAAUUAUGAUGGAGAAAGGAAGUAAUAAUUUUGGGUUAUUCUCAAAGGAAUUCUUAAAAAGGCAUGGAUUGCAUUUGUUAGGAACUACAUCUACAUGGUUCUUAUUAGAUAUUGCUUAUUAUAGUCAAAAUUUGUUUCAAAAAGACAUUUUUAGCUCAGUUGGUUGGAUUCCUCCUGCAACAGCUAUGAAUGGUAUUCAAGAGCUUUUUAAGAUUGCAAGAGCACAAACCCUAAUUGCACUUUGUGGUACUGUGCCUGGUUAUUGGUUUACCGUCUAUUUUAUCGAUAAAAUCGGAAGAUUUUACAUUCAAUUGAUGGGUUUUUUCUUCAUGACAGUAUUCAUGUUUGCAAUUGCAAUUCCUUAUCAUUAUUGGACUUUGAAAGGGCAUCAAGUUGGGUUUGUUAUAUUAUAUGCUCUUACCUUCUUUUUCGCGAAUUUCGGACCAAAUAGUACUACAUUUGUUGUUCCAGCUGAGAUUUUUCCAGCAAGACUUAGAUCAACAUGUCAUGGUCUCUCAUCAGCUUCAGGGAAAGCUGGUGCAAUUGUGGGAGCUUUUGGAUUCCUGUAUGCUGCACAAAGUCGAGAUAAGUCAAAGACUGAUGCUGGUUACCCUCCUGGGAUUGGUGUGAGGAAUUCCCUUCUUGUGCUUGCAGUGGUAAAUGUACUAGGAUUUGGGCUCACUUUCUUGGUGCCAGAAUCUAAGGGAAAGUCAUUGGAAGAAAUGUCAAAAGAAACAGAGGAAGAUAACUCUACAGAAUCUGUUUAA